GCCGUGCGCCUGCGCGCAGCCGGCAGUCCAGCAGGGCCGCGGCCGCGGGAGGCGGGCGGCUGCCUUGGGGACCGCGGCCCCCACCCCGCCCCGGUGCCCGCCCCGCUCUGGUACCCCGGAGACGCGGCGGACGACCCCGGGUCCCCUCCCGCGGGCCGCGCAGGAGCUGCAGCCGGUGAUCCAGCGAGGGGCGGUGCCGCCCCAACAUGUCGCAGACGGCCAUGUCCGAGACCUACGAUUUUUUGUUUAAGUUCUUGGUCAUUGGAAAUGCGGGGACUGGCAAGUCUUGCUUGCUUCACCAAUUCAUCGAAAAAAAAUUCAAAGAUGACUCGAAUCAUACAAUAGGAGUGGAAUUUGGCUCAAAGAUAAUAAAUGUUGGUGGUAAAUAUGUAAAGUUACAGAUAUGGGAUACAGCUGGCCAAGAGCGAUUCAGGUCGGUGACGAGAAGCUACUACCGAGGCGCCGCGGGGGCUCUGCUGGUCUACGACAUCACUAGCCGAGAAACCUACAAUGCGCUUACUAAUUGGUUAACAGAUGCCAGAAUGCUAGCAAGCCAGAACAUCGUCAUUAUACUCUGCGGGAAUAAGAAAGACCUGGAUGUGGACCGCGAAGUCACUUUCCUAGAAGCUUCCAGAUUUGCUCAAGAAAAUGAGCUGAUGUUUUUGGAAACAAGCGCACUAACGGGGGAGAAUGUGGAAGAGGCCUUUGUGCAAUGCGCAAGAAAAAUACUUAACAAAAUCGAAUCAGGUGAGCUGGACCCAGAAAGAAUGGGCUCAGGUAUUCAGUACGGAGAUGCUGCCUUGAGACAGCUGCGGUCCCCGCGUCGUGCACAGGCCCCAAGCGUGCAGGAGUGUGGCUGCUAGAAGCAGCACGGGAGAACACAGAAAAGGUGAGUCUUUUCUGUGAAAAUUCAGGCUGUGCCUCUUACUACCCAACAAUCUCAGCUUUGAAUAUGGUGACGUUCCAAGCACCCUCCUGCCAGCCUGGAUCAGGCCCAGGACAAGAAGGAGCAGCACAGGUCCACUUAUACAUGGAUUUUUUUCAAUAAAUACAUUGCAAGUUUUUUGGAGAUCUGCGAGAAUUUGGGGGAAAAAAAACAAAAUUUUCUUUUCUCUAGCUUACUUUAUUGUAAGAAUACAGUAUAGAAUACACAUAACAUACAAAAUAUGUGUUCAUCAACUGUGGUUAUCGGUAAGGCGUUUGGUCAACAGUAGGCUAUUAGUUAAGUUUCGGGAAGUCAAAAGUUGGAAAUGGAGUUCGACUCACGGAGGGGCAGGCACCCCAACCGCAGCUUUCAGGGGUCAGCUGUAGUUGCCCCCAGCGCCCUCUAGAGGGGGCCACCCCCACCCCCAGGUGGUUCUGUUACCAGCCUGGCUUAAGACUCACACACCUUAGAAUCUCCUGGGGGAGGAUGUAACUUUGAAGAGUGGGUUUUUGGUUUUUCUUGUUCUCUCUAGGAUUUUUUAAAUAGCAAAUACAUUCUUCUGGUUCAAAAUUCAAAGCAGUAUGAAGGGUAAACAUUAAUUAAAGUCUUCUUGCCCCCAUCACACUAUGCCUUUCCCUACCCCUACAGGUCACCUCGUGGUAGUUUUGUGUCUUUCCCUAGUUUCUUGAUGUAGAUAUAGGUAUUUUUAUUACUCUUGCCUUAAACAAAUGGUAACACAGUACAUACAUUUUUUUCCCUCUAUACUAUGUUUUGGAGCUCUUUUUACACCUCUGUACAUUGAGAGCUUUCUCCUUUUUAUUGAAGGCUACAUAAUGUUCCGUGUGUGGAUAUACUGUUUUCUUUCACCAGUUCUUUAUUGAAAAACAAUUGGGUCAUCUCUGAUUCUCUGGUUCUUUUGAGGUUAAUUCCAAAAUAUUUGAUCAAUGACAGAUGGUUGAUGUCUCGGGUUUUGCCCAUACUCUUCUGCCCUCAUUUAUCUGAAAAAUACAUUGCUUCCAGCUUUGUCCUUUUCCAAUACAUAGAUGAGGAUCACUUAGAACAUUUGAUGAAAAGGGGGAAAAUCCAGCAAGAAAUGUGCAAGAACCUUUCUGAUAAAAACUACUGAAAUAAAAGAAGACCAACUUAGUUGGAGACAUACUAUGUUUGGGGAUAGAAAGAUUCUAUAAUAUGAGUCCUCCAAAAAUAGUAAAUCCAAUGCAGUUUAACAAAACUCCCAAAUGGGAUUUUAAAAUAGAAUUGGACAAGCUUAUUCUAAGGUUCAUAUAAAGAAAAAAUCACCAGGAAAACUGAAGAACAAGGUGGGAAUGGAGAGACAUGCCAUACCAGAUACUAAAAUACACAGCAAAAUUAAUUUCAAACUGCUUCAAGCUCAGUGUAGACAGACUGACCCAGAGAAAAGCAGUCUCUAGAAACUUCCCCAUUCAUCUAUGACUACUUAUGAAAAAAAGCAUGAUGUGACAUUUUAUAUCACUUAAGGCUCAUCACUGGAUGUUAUUAAGUGCAUUUGCUAUCCAUUUAAUUGGGGUGGGGUGGGGGAGGAGGGUUUCAAUCCCUACUUCACAGCACCAAAAAAAAUUAAUUCCAGUUGGAGGUUAAGAUUCAAAAGCAAAGGGCACUUGUGUGGCAUUAUUUGUCAUUUCUAGCAAGGUUUUCUUCCUUAUUGACCAGGGACUGAGUGAUAAUGCUUUUGUUGUUUUUACAAGUGAACUUAAAACAUAGCCUUUUGGGACAAAGUUCACUAAAUAUUACUGUAUAAGAUGUAAUUGAGUAAGUUUUUAUCAGACUUUUAAAAAUAAAAGCAUCACCUUGGAAAAAAAAUCAAAAGGGCAUAUUUAUUUGUGUACAUUAAAAGAACAUAGAGGUUUUUGGAUUUUUGUUCUUGUUUUUCUAAGAAUCAAAGGGUGAAUCUUUCCAAAGGUGAUGUAAAAUUCCCCACCUCUAAGGAAAAGAUUCGAAGUUUGGCUCUGAAACUCGAUCCUUUCUAUAAGACAAAAGGAAAGAAUAAGGUUUAAUCUAUGACAGGCUAUGACAAUGCAUUUACAACAGGUUUAACAGAAGUAUCAAGUAUAUAGAGAUCUUAACAAGGUAGACAAAAAGCAUUUUUAAAAAACAGUGUGCUUUUCUAGUUUUUCCAAAAUAAUUUUAAAGGUUGGCAAAGCAUGUAAACAGGCCAUUUAUCAAAUAAAUAGUUGGUCAAUAAACACGAAAAAGAUGCUGACCUCACUGAUACUAGGAGAAAUGCAAAUUGAGAUAACCACAUUUUGUUCCUGAUAUUGGUAAUUUUUAACUCAUUCUUUUUGCUCCAUCCUGUGAGAGGUUUAAUCAAAUUUAUUGUUCUUUUCAGCCGAUCAGCUUUUUUUCUUUGUUUUUAAUUUCAUUGAUUUCUGUUCUUUACUUUUUCCCUCAUUCUCAUAGAUGUGGGUUUAUUUUGCUUAUCAUUCACUAGUGUCUGAAGAUGGGAGCUUAGAUGUGUUGAUCUGAGAAUUUCUUUCCUAAAUAAGCCCUCAAAGCUAUUAAUUUCCUUCCAAGCACUGUUUGUGAAUUGGUGAAUGAGGUGAUGUAGCUCUUCCAUAUCUUCACUGAUUUUCUGUCUAUUUGUUCUAUUACUGAGGGGCCUGUGAAAGGCUCCAGCUAUGAUUGUAGAUUUGUCUAGUUCUCUCAGAUUUCCCCUCAUGUAUUUUGCCUCAGCCUAACCUUUUUUGUGAUUUUAGCCUUAUUCCAGAGAUCGGUCUAGUCUGUCCACCACAGCCACUGUUUCACGUCAUAGUGUUGCUUCCCCUGGGCAUACAGAUAAUUCUUGUUCUUCGUGCACUCAGUCAUUUUGCAGGGAUGAGGCUCGUCCCACUUGGUAGAGAAGCCCAGCAGGUUUUAGUCAUGUCCACCAUGUUCAUGACAGCACUAGUGGCUCAGCAGCUUACGUAUUUGAAGCUCUGUCAUUACAUUCUAAGGAAAAUCUCAUUCCUCCUGUGCUUCCUCUACCCUUAAUACUCCACAAGCACACGACUUCACUUUGAACACCAGAUGUGUGGGCUUUCCACACAUCAAGGAAUUCUGUGACACCCACUGGGUGUCUGACAAUUUACUUCUAUUCUGACACUACCCACCUGGAGAGGGCAUUAGAUCGCACGGGUUAAGGGCUCAGCCCCACAAGACUGCCUCCCCUCCCCACCGCAGAUGCCUGUUCAAAGUCCAGGUUGUCACCUGUGCUUCCAACUGACCGGCUGCUCCUUGGAAGUUCCCAUGACACACUCUUUGAGUUCUAUUAAUUUGCUAGAGUGUCACACAGACAUCAAGGAAACAUUUUACUUCCUGGGUUACUGGUCUAUUAUAAGAGGACAUAACUCAGCAACAGCCAGAUGGUAAAGAUGCAUAGGGCGAAGUGUGUGGGAUGGGGCGCAGAGUUCCCAUGCCCUGCAGGCAUGCUGCUCUCCCUGAAUCUCCAUUUACCAACCAGAAAGCUCUCUCAACCCUGUCCUUUUGAAUUUUUACAAGGCUUCAUUGCACAGGUAUGAUGGAUCAAUCAUUGGCCAUUGGUGAUUGAAUUCAAUCUCCGGCUCCUCUCCCCUCCCUGGAGGUUGAGGGAGGUGAGGAUUCAAAGUCGCAGCCCUCUAAUCACGGGCCCCCAUCAUUAGGAGUUUCCCCAAAGUUGCCUCCUGAACCUAAACUCAAGUGUGGUUCACAGGGGCUUGUCAUGAAUAACAAGAUACCUUCUUUCACCUUGAUGGCUCUGGAGCUGCGUCAGCAAGUGAGAACAACAGGCCAGACCCUGUAACUGCUGCCCGCCCUUCAUUCCCAAUGUCCCAAGUUUCCUUCCAUUAUUAUUUCCCUUCUGUCUGAAGAACAUCCUUCCGCUCUUCAUUUAAAGCAGGUCUGCGAGCCACCAGUUCUUAGUUCUCCUUCACCUGAGAAUGUCUUCAUUGCACCUUCAUCCCUGAGAGAUACUUAAUUGGUUAUAGAAUUCUGAGUUGACAGCUGUUUUCUUUCAGCACUUCUAAGAGAUGUGCUACUUCCUCUGGCCUCCACAGUCUCUGAUGACAAAUUCCGUGUCUAGGCGUUAAUUUCUUUGGGUUUACCCUGCCUCAGGCUCAUUCAGUUCACUUGGGAGAUUUUUGGCCAUUUCUGCAGAUGUUUUUUAAAAACUCUUUAAAAAACUCUUUCUCCUACAUGACCCUGAAACUCUGUUUUUCUGCCCUUCUUCCCACUGUUGGUGAAAUUGGAUGAUUUGUACUAUCUGGAGCUUUCUUUUAUCAUCUCCAUUCUGCCACUGAGUACAUCCAGUGAGGUUUUUUUAAAAAUUACAAUAUAGUAUUUUUCAGUUCUGAUAUUUCUUUUGGUACUUCUGUCCACUGUUUCUUUACUGAUAAUUUCUACUGAAAUAUUUAUUUGAAGAGUGUUUGUGAUUGCUCACAUGAACUUUUUAAUAAAAGCUUCUUUAAAGUCUACAA